GUAGAAACGGCAAGCCAGCCACGGCACACAGCGCAUGUGCGCAGCGGGCAACGUCACGUUGCGCAUCUCGGCCCAAUCAACAGAAACUUUUUUCCAACAGAGAUUUUUAAGAUGGCGACCGCCGAGCCGGAAACCAGCUCAAGUCCAACCCUGCCUGAUGAAGAUGGAGCUGAGGAGACUGGACAAGAGAUUGUGAACCCAGAGUCCUACAUCAAACACCCCCUCCAGAACAGAUGGUCCCUGUGGUUCUUCAAGAACGACAAGAGCAAAACAUGGCAGGCCAACCUGCGACUCAUCUCUAAAUUUGACACGGUUGAAGAUUUCUGGGCACUCUACAACCAUAUCCAAUUGUCAAGCAACCUCAUUUCAGGCUGUGAUUACUCCCUUUUUAAGGAUGGCAUCGAACCCAUGUGGGAGGACGAGAGGAACAAGCGCGGCGGGCGCUGGCUGCUCACACUCAACAAGCAGCAGAGGAGACUAGACCUGGAUCGCUUCUGGCUGGAAACCCUCCUGUGCUUGGUCGGAGAGGCCUUCGGCGACAGCAGCGACCAGGUCUGCGGCGCAGUGGUCAACAUCCGCACGAAAGGAGAUAAAAUAGCCGUGUGGACAUCAGACUACGAGAACCGGGACGCCGUGACACUCAUAGGGAGCAUUUACAAGGACCGCCUGGGGCUUCCUGCCAAGAUGACCAUUGGCUACCAGUCUCACUCGGACACGGCCACCAAGAGCGGUUCAACCACCAAGAACAGAUUUGUGGUUUGAGAAAUGCCCGAUGUGCCUUCCUUUUCCUUUUCCUGUCUUAGUUGUUGUUGAUUCAUAUGUUUACUUUGCUCCAAAGACUCUGCGGAAAUUCAAUCUGGAAGAGGAAAAGGGAAAAAAACAAGGAAAAAAAACCAAACAAUUGUCAAAUGUUUCCAUAACCUGCCCAGGACUUGAACCACAUGAAAGAAACAAAAAAUAAUUAAGUCCCCCAUUAAUAAUGGGGGACUUAAAGUGCUGCAUACUUUACUCAAGACAUUUGUGUUGUUCUUCUUUAAUGUCAAAGAAUCCUGAAAAUGCUAAAAAUAUACAUAUAUAAAUAUAUAUAAGUUUACUUCUCUCCAAUUUACUAGAGCACGGUUGGUUUUCUGUAACCCUUAAUAACAUGAAACUCUUAAUUUAUUUUUAAUUUGCCUGCAUAUAAUUAGAUUUAGACCUGUUUUUUUUGCUUCUUUUUUUUGUGCCUUGAACAGUUGCACGUAAUCAACCUUUAAAACAGUAUUUUAUGACUCAUAUUCAUUUGAGUGUUAAUAUAAUUAAAACAUUGGUUUUGCAAUUAUUA